AUGGCAAUGGAGAUCUCUUCGGAGGAGGAAGCGGCACCGGAUGCCGUCGGCUCUUCCCUCGGUCUUGCAGGAGCUGUCGUUGCCUCUGAGUCCAGCUCUUCCAGCAGACAAGGCACGUUUGGCCUGCAAGCUUCUCUUCGGCGGUUCUUCCAGCCCUCUCACCCAGAAGCUCAGAAGCCAGUGCGGUUCCUUCCCGGCAAGCAGGGCGGUCGGCCCCUCUCUCGCGAGAUGAAGCAGAUCAUCGCUCAAGUAGCUGAAAAGCAAGCUCUCGAACAGAAAGCUCUCGACGAAGCUUUGAUAGCUCGAGAGAGCGAAGUGCAAAGCAAGAAGCGGUACUACGGAGGCCGCCCCAAAGGCAGGAGCUCUGGGAGAAGCGAUCUCCCAGUUGCCGUGCGGGCAGCUCUCGUGCAGGAGAUGGAACUCGCUGUUGCAGGCGACCGCUUCUCUGACGAAACGGAGUUCUUCAGUUACUUCGCCAAGAAGUUCGCUCUGCCGAAGAAGCGAGUCAAGACUCUGUGGCUGCAGCGGAGCUUGGUCAAGAAGACCUCUCAAAAGAACAAACUCUCACGCAAACCCCACCGCUACACUGGUGCCAAGGGCACCAAGAGGUCGCAUCUCAAGCGUGCGUACAGAGGCUUUCGUCUGCCAGGAGCGGGUCGGAAGCACUCUUUCCCCGACUUGGUGGACAAGGCUCGUGAGUGGUUCAACGAGAUGCGCUCUUACGGGAACCAGGUGCUUCGAGUGGACCUCUACAACUACUACAUCCACCUCAUGGAGAUGGACAAGAUACGGGUGCAGGCGGAUCUCUCUGAUCCGAAGCUGCUGCAGCCAAAGCGGACGCCUCUGCAGGUGAGGCUCUCGGAGCUGGACAAGCAGCUGGCCUCUCAGAAGAAGAGCGACAAAGCCAAAGAGUCUCUGAAAGGUCGUCUCGAGAAGUGGUGCUCUGCAAGGAACUUGAGGCCUCACCUCGUCACCAAGCUCACGCCUCUCCAAGAGCAGUCGAGAUGCCACUUGACGUGGCAAUCUUUCGACAGGGCUCUCUGGCUUGCUGCCUGCUCUGACGAGGAGACUCUGGGGAAGCACGUCUCUAAGCCAAAGCAGUUCUUGGAACACAGAGCCUCUCUCGCGAUCCUUUUCGCCGAUCAAAUUCCGCUCUGGAUAAAGGCGGGUGCCGAGAGGUCUCUCUUCGCCGAGUGGGAGCGAAAACCCACCUCUCAGGCGGCUCUCCGGCAGGACUUGGCUGCUCUGCACGACAAGCAACUCUCUGGGCAGGCGGACGUGGACUCUGGUCUGGUUGUGCAGCACCCAGACUCUUCCGGAGAGCCUCUCGCGGACCGCUUCCGCCUCACUUACGAAGCCCGGCAGGUCUUGUUGAACUACAACUCUCCGGGAACGCCGCCGACUGGCCUCUGUUACAAAGGUCUCAUCAUCAUCAGCGGGCCUCAUGCCAGACUCUCGAACAUCUCUCAAGACGGCAAGUGGCUCUGCGAUGAGACCUUUGAGUGGAGAGGGAACCUUGUCUCUCACAAGAAGGGCACCUCUGUUGGCAGGCUCAUGGAGCCAUGGAGAGCUCUGCGAGCCCAGAAGCCGCACCUCUUUGAGCACGUCUCUGUGAUGAUGCAACCGAGCUCUAAUGCCGACAGCAUCAUACUCUCCUGGGUGGCCCAGGAACUCUCAGAGGCGUUUCCAGCUCUGCUGGUGCAGAGGGACUGCCUGGGAGCCUCUUUCACAGAGUCUGUCUCUGGUGCCCACUUCUUGGGGAACACGAUCCAGACUCUGGUCGCUCCGAAGAUGACGGCCUCUCUCCAGUUGACGGACACAGACUUCUCUCGCAGAUUCAAGUCUCUGUGCCGCACCUCUAUGGCGGAGAGGAGGUCUCUGGGCCAGAAGGCUCUGACAGAGAGCGGCAAAUCCUCUGUCUGGGCUGCCUCUGUGGAGGACAUCUGCGAGACCAUCGUCUCUGCCCAGAAAGCCUGUGCCGAGGAUGCCUCUGACUGGGUGCUCUCAGGGCUUCGGCGGAAUGGCAUGCUGGCCUACCGCCCUCUCGACGGCAAGCUCCAGCCGGCGGAGCUCUCCACGCCCUCUUUCAAGGACCUGCCGCAGGGCUCUGCAAGACUGCGAAGCGAAUGGCUGGAACCACGCUUUGGCUGGGUGCAGGAUGGAAUCCCCUCUGAACCAGACUGGUCUCUGAUUCCUGGCACGGCCGCUGCCCAGGAGCUCUUGGACUGGGACGUCGCUCACGGCGACAAGAACUCUGAGGAGGACUACUUCUGUGACAUGGACUCUCUGCCACCAACUCUUCGGUGGAACUGCUUCGAGAGCGGCGUUCUCAAGCUCCCGCCAGCUCUCUUGCAGAAAGCCUGGAAGAGGGAAGCUUCUCUCGCGGUGGAGGAGAAAGCGAGAAUCCUCGCAAAGAAAGCUGAGAGACAGCUCGUCUCUCAAGCCAAGCGGUCUGUCUCUGAGAAGUUCAAAGAGGCGAUGCGGCUCAAGCUGAAGGACAUCUCUCGCCAGCAAGCUCUCGCUCUCCACGUCCCUGAAGCAGGGAAGGCGAAAGCCAAAGCGAAGCCUGCCUCUGGGAAGGCCGGCUCUCUGACGAAGGCUCUGAAGAAGGGACUCAAGAAGAGCUCUCUAAAGACAGCUGCCGCUCUGUUGGCGGGCUCUCAGAAGAAGGUCCAGGAGCUGAUCUCUGCACCAGAGCCUCCGAAGACUCUGCAAGGCCCUCUCUUCGGCAAGCAGGUCCGCAUCGUGGCGGAGCUCUCGCCCUCUCACCUUGUGGGCCAGGAGGGCAAGGUCUCUUCGCACCUCUCUCAGAAGCUGACUCUGCCGAGCUUUGGUCUGGCCUGUGCAACUCUGAACCUCUCGGAGAAGGAUGUGAUGCCUCUCUCCGAGAGCUGGACAAAGUCUCUGGAGUGGCAGCCUCUGCGGCUCUCCAGACUCUUCAAGAAGGAGGUGCUCUUGAACUGUGGUCUCUGGUGCGAAGACGACUCUUUCGUGCCGGAGCCCGUGGAGGUUACUCUUGCCAAGAAGCCGAAGAUGCUCUUGGACCAGCAAAUGAAUGCUGCCUGGGCUCUCAGCCUCUCGGACGUGUUCUUCGUGGACGCCUUCCUCUCCAGCUUUCUCUUGCAACACGAGAAAAAGGAGUACCUGAUCGCUCACCUACAGACGCAAUGGCAGGAGCACAACCUCCUCUUCAUUCCGAUCUACACACGGAAGCCAGACCACUGGACGCUGCUCGUCCUCCAGAAGGGCUCUGAGGGCGAACCGCCCAAAGCUCUCCUCGCCGACUCUCUGAAGAAAGACAAAGCUCCGACAGCAUGUGCAAAUGAGCUGAAGGGUCUCUUAGCCGACGUGGACAAGUCGCCUCUCACCGACUACCCGACGGUGACCCAGACCUCUGACGACUGCGGCUUCUUCUGUCUCGCCGUGAUGGUGGAGUACCUCUCCCUCCGCCGUGGCGAAGGGCCCAAGCAGAGGGGCUCUCAGCACUCUCUAGUGGCGGAUCUGAAGACCAAACUGUCGACCUUCACCUCUCAGCUGAAGGCCGAAGUCAAAAAGCUCUCGGACGAGAAGGAGGAAUAUCUCAUGGACCAGGCCGUUCAACUCAAGAAGGCCUCUGACAAGGCGAAACUCUUGGCGAAAAAGGCCGAGGCGGAAAAGGGCGAACUCUCGGCUUUGCAGAAGGCUGCUCUCAAGGUCCUGAAGGAAGGUGCUCCACCGGAUGUCUCUGAUUUGGGCAAAGAAGCCCUCGUGGACAUCGAGCGGAUCAAGACUCUCGGAGAUCCAGGGGUGUGCUCUCGCUGUCACUGGCAGAGCGGCUGUGCCUCUUGCGAUGUCUUUAAGUGCACUCGCUUCCACGUGCGAGAGCUCUGCCGCACUCUGGGCAAGAAGCCCCCAGCUUGGGCUCUCUGA